AUGAAACUGGAUGCAAAGCUACUGAGAUACAUGUCAUCGGAUGAUUUCCGAGUACUCACUGCAACAGAAAUGGGAACUCGAAAUCAUGAAGUUGUUCCUACAUCACUGAUUGCAAACAUUGCUCAACUGAGACAAGCUGGUAUCCAAAAAGUCAUUUCAACACUCGCUAAAAAUAAUCUGAUUUCCAAAGUUCAAAACAUGAAAUAUGAUGGAUACCGAUUGACAUAUGGUGGAUACGAUUAUCUUGCUCUCAAGACAAUGUCAAAGCGAGGAACAGUUUAUUCUGUUGGCAAUCAAAUUGGUGUUGGCAAGGAAUCAGACAUUUAUAUUGUUGCCAAUGAAGAGGGAGAACAGCGAGUUUUAAAAAUUCAGCGUCUAGGUCGUACAUCAUUUCGCACCAUCAAAUCCAAUCGUGACUACCUUCGCCAUCGCCAAACCAGUUCUUGGCUGUACAUGUCUCGUCUUGCAGCAAUGAAGGAAUAUGCCUUUAUGAAAGUUUUAUAUGAAAAUGACUUUCCGGUUCCAGAGCCUAUUGAUCAAAACCGCCACUGUGUCGUCAUGGGUCUUAUUGAUGCCCAUCCUUUAAGUCAGAUUCGCGAUCUGGAAGAUCCAGGAAAGUUGUAUUCGAAGCUGAUGAAUCUAAUCGUUCGAUUGGCUUGCUCAGGUCUCAUCCAUGGCGAUUUCAACGAGUUUAAUUUGCUGAUUCGAAGUGAUGAUGAGCCCGUGUUGAUUGAUUUUCCUCAAAUGGUUUCUACAUCCCACCGCAAUGCCGAAAUGUACUUUAACAGGGAUGUAGAGUGUAUUCGUGUUUUUUUUCGACGCAGGUUCUGUUACGAGAGUCAACUAUAUCCCAAAUUUAAGCGGGAUUUACAGCGUGAGUUUUCAUUAGAUAUUCAAGUGGCUGCAUCUGGGUUUACCAAAAAGCAUCAAGACGAAUUGGAAGAACUUCAGAUGCAAGAAGUGUUGGAAGAUAGGGAUGAUGCGGAUAAUAUGACAAGAUGGACGAUGAUUUGA